AUGCAAUUCCAAUUAGCUUCUUCGAACCGAUACGGCACUCAGGGAUAUGGACAUUUUCAUGGGAUUGUUGGCAAGGAUGGGCGCGCCGCCACUGUUGAGCAAAGGUUUUAUGAACAAAUUGGCGGAAAAAUCGGACUGUGCACUUGUUCAAUCCUUUCCGCAGCGCAAGAACCACUCCCCAAGCCGUACCAGCCCUCGGGCCUUUCUGAUAACAUUCGACAGACCAUUGCAUCCGAGCCAGACGUAACAGAACUGGUACAGAUGUCCCUCAGGUUAUUGCCCAUCGAGGCUACAAUCGAUGGUGUUGUCGUUCUAUCACACGACGCCACCUUGAAGAGAUGUUUUGGGGUGGACAGAAAAAUCGCUGACUGUGACUGGGAAUAUAUCAGCGGAUUGAGGACGCUGCGGGAACCUCACGAGCCUAUGCCUAGGCUAUUGGAUCUUGUGAACUAUCUCGCUCAGCCAAAAUUGGCUCAUAUCUGGCUUUUGCUGGAUAUCAAGCUCGACAACAAUGCCAAUGACAUCAUGCGUUGUACAGCGAAGGUUUUUGAAGAAGUCUCCGCUCCUUUUGACACAUUGUGGGAAGAUCGAGUCGUGCUAGGUUGCUGGGCAGCGAACUAUUUUUCUCUGUGCGAGGCCUACUUUCCCGGCUACCCAGUGGUCCAUAUUGGAUUCUCCGUCCCAUAUUCGAGUCAAUUCCUAGCGAUUGAAAACAUUGGGUACAUCAUGCUUCAAGAAACCCUCGUUUCGCCUCUAGGUAGGAGUUUUAUUAGAGACGCUCGUGCUGCACAGCGCCCAAUUCUUUCCUGGUCUGUCGAUAAUGAAAUAGGUUUGGACUUGUGUGUAAGGAGGGAACUUGAUGGAGUGGUAACGGACAACCCUAAGAAGCUCUUAGAGUUGCGGGAAAGUUCUAUCAAGUCAGGGCGACCGCUAGCAUGGUCGGUCAGGCGAAUAGCCAGCGUCCUGCGUAUCAACAUGAUUAUAUGGGUUUUUAAUUUCAUCUAUGGAAGAAAGUAUGGAUUUGGGUUGGAUCAACGAUACACGACCAAAAGUCACUAA